UUCCGUCUUCACACCCCUCACGGCCCAACGUCUCCUCCCCCACUUGCACACAACGACGACAAGAAGGAAAUCAGUCCGUGACUCCAACUCCAAAAACCGUUUCUCCAAAUCAAAACCAUUUUCCGAUGAUCCACAAUAGUCCAGACAGAGACAGUCACUUCACUACCUUCCAAAAACUUUCCACUUAACCAAUCAAACACCGCCAUAACCACAAAACAUUAUUAUUAUGCCUUUCUAUAAAUCCUCCCAUACACACACCAAAAUGCAGCACCACAGAAAAACCCCCUUCACAUCAUUCUUCACAUUGAAGUUGGUCAUCAUUUUAAUGGCCUCUCUCUUGUUUAUCGCUUUCCUCUCUCUCCUCCUCUUCUUCUCUCUCUCCUCUGCAACCCAUCACCACCAACAACCAUCCACCAAACCCCCUCCCAAACCGAACUCCGUCCCACCUGGACUUGAGAUCAACCAAGCGUGCAAGGCCACACGCUUCCCAGACACGUGCGAGUCCUCAUUGGUUAACUCCAAUCACGUCCCUCCAAACCCAACCCCAACCCAAAUCAUCGAAUCAGCCAUGUGGGUUUCUUCACAGAACCUCGAUACAGCCGAGUCCAUGGUCCACAUCAUCCUGGACUCUGCCGCAGGCAAUCCCAACCGCACCACCGCAGCCAAGAACUGUUUGGAGGUUCUUCAUUAUUCCCAGUACCGCAUCCAAUCUACGGCCGAGGCCCUUCCACGUGGAAGGAUCAAGGACGGCAGGGCUUGGAUGAGCGCCGCUCUUCUGUACCAGUACGAUUGCUGGUCUGCGUUGAAGUACGUGAAUGAGACUCAACAGAUCAACAAGACGAUGGCGUUUCUAGAUUCGUUGAUUGGGUUGACUAGCAAUGCCGUUAGCAUGAUUGUGUCCUAUGAUUUGUUUGGAAAUGAAACCGGGUCCUGGAAACCGCCCAUGACUGAGAGGGAUGGGUUCUGGGAGCAGGCUGAUCCGUCUCCUGUCGGGUCGGGUCAGUUGUCCGGGUUGGGGUUUCCUUCCGGUCUAACGGCGGACGUGACGGUGUGUAAGGGUGCGAUUAACGGGGGGAAGUGUGACUAUGGGACGGUGCAGGCGGCAGUGGACGCGGCCCCGAGUAGUAACCUGACCGGGCCUGGACGGCGUUUUGUGAUAGGGAUCAAGGAAGGGGUUUAUGAGGAGACCGUUAGGGUUCCGUUAGAGAAGAAGAAUUUGGUAUUUCUUGGAGAUGGAAUGGGCAAAAGUGUCAUUACAGGUUCCUUGAAUGUUGGCCAACCUGGGGUUUCCACAUACAACACUGCUACAGUUGGUGUUGUUGGUGAUGGAUUUAUGGCCAGUGGUCUGACUAUCCAGAACACAGCAGGUCCAGAUGCUCACCAAGCGGUGGCAUUCCGUUCAGAUAGUGAUCUAUCUCUCAUUGAAAACUGUGAAUUCAUUGGCAACCAAGACACACUCUAUGCUCAUUCGCUGCGCCAAUUCUAUAAAUCAUGUCAUAUCCAAGGCAAUGUGGACUUCAUAUUCGGAAACUCUGCUUCAAUCUUCCAAGAUUGCCUUAUUCUAGUUAAGCCCCGACAAGUCAAACCAGAAAAGGGCGAGAACAACGCCGUGACAGCACAUGGCAGAACAGACCCUGCCCAAUCAACAGGAUUUGUCUUCCAAAACUGUUUGGUGAAUGGUACUGAGGAUUACAUGGCUAUGUACUAUAAUAACCCUAAAGUGCACAAAAAUUUCCUGGGGAGGCCAUGGAAGGAGUAUUCGAGGACAGUUUUCAUAGAUUGUAACUUGGAGGCUCUUAUAACACCACAAGGGUGGAUGCCUUGGAGUGGUGAUUUUGCUUUAAAGACACUUUACUAUGGGGAAUUUAAGAAUUCCGGGCCAGGAUCUAGUUUGUCUGGAAGAGUAUCCUGGAGUAGCCAAAUUCCCGCGGACCAUGUUUAUACAUAUUCAGUGAAGAAUUUCAUUCAAGGUGAUGAAUGGAUUUCAACAUCUUCUUGAUUUGUUUGUCAACCAGGCUGCAGUGGGAUUGUUUAUUAUUAUGUUCUGUGCUUAUGCUGAAAUUUGGAGUAGUAGUGGUGGGAGGUAAUAUGGGAGAGGGAUUUAAGAUCCCUUUUGUAAUUGCAUCUCACUAAUAACUAUAUUUUUAAAUGGAGGAAUGAAGUUCCAAAAAUUUUGGUCA